UGAGAGGCACGGACCAGAGAUUCUCCUGGUUAGAAGUGUCUGAUGGGGUCUGUUAUAUUUUGAUACAGAAACUGAGAGAAGCCGAGAGUAAAUCACAUCACAACUGCAUCAUCGUGUGGGAUCUCUUUUAUUAAGAAGACAACACAACGCAGACGGAAACCCAAUACACUAGGAGUGAGGAACCUGCUUUACAGAUUUGCAGACACAUGUUUUUCACACAUCACUCAAACACAGAACCAGGAAACAGGAAACUCUUCAGUUCAGAGAAACUGAAACUGAAGUGCAGUUGAGCGUAUGUUUGUGUCUCUGUAUUCAAGCAGUAAAAUGGCAGAAGCCAGAAUUUCUCAGGAUGAGUUCCAGUGUUCAGUGUGUCUGGAUCUCCUGAAGGAUCCAGUGACCACUUCCUGUGGACACAGUUUCUGUAAGAUCUGUAUUACAGGCUGCUGGGAUGAGGAGGAUGAGAAGAGAGUCUACAGCUGCCCUCAGUGCAGACAGACCUUCAGUCCAAGACCUGCUUUAACUGAAAACACCAUGCUGGCUGAAGUGGUGGAGAAACUGAAGAAGACUAAACUUCCUGCUGACUGUAAUGCUGGAGCUGGAGAUGUGCAGUGUGACGUCUGUGAUGGAAGAAAACGCAAAGCCGUCAAGUCCUGUCUGGAGUGUCUGAACUCUUAUUGUGAGAAUCACCUUGAACAACAUGAGAGUUUCUUUAAAAGAAAGAGACACAAUCUGACUGAUGCCACUGGACGACUGCAGGAGAUGAUCUGCCAAACACAUGAUAAACUCCUUGAGGUUUUCUGCCGCACUGAUCAGAAGUUUAUAUGUCUGCUGUGUACGAUGGAUGAACAUAAAAACCACGACACUGUAUCAGCUGCAGCACAGAUGACAGAGAAUCAGAAGCAGCUGAAGGAGACGCAGAGGUCGUUCCAGCAGAGGAUCCAGCAGAGAGAGAAAGAUCUUCAGCAGCUGAGAGAGGCUGUGGCGUCUCAUAAGCGCUCUGCACAGACAGCAGUGGAGGACAGUGAGAGGAUCUUCACUGAGCUCAUCCGCUCCAUUGAGAGAAGCUGUUCUGAGGCGACACAGCAGAUCAGAGAUCAGGAAAAGACUGCAGUGAGUCGAGCUGAAGGACAACUGGAGCGACUGGAGCAGGAGAUCAAUGAUCUGAGGAGGAGAGACGCUGAGCUGGAGCAGCUUUCACACACACAGGAUCACAUCCAUUUCCGGCAGAGUUUCCAGUUUCUCUCAGCUCCUCCUGAAUCUACAGACGUAAAUGACAAUCCCUUCAGUUCUCUCUUCUCUUUUGAUGGUGUGAGAGAAUAUGUCCUUCAGCUGAGAGACAAACUGGAGAAUUUCUGCAAAGAAGAACUCAAGAAGAUCUUUGACAGAGUCACUUUCACCAACAUUGUUCCCAAGACCAGGAACGACUUCCUACAAUAUUCCCAUCCGCUCAAUCUGGAUCUGAACACAGCACAUAAAAACCUUCUUCUGUCUGGGAAUAACAGAGUGAUUAAAUUCACUGACGCUAGCAUAGUCCAGCCGUAUCCUGAUCAUCCAGACAGAUUUGAUGUGUUUCAGCAGGUGUUGUGUAGAGAGAGUGUGUGUGGACGCUGUUACUGGGAGAUUGAGUGGCGUGGGAGUGUGUGUAUAUCAGUGUCAUAUAAGAGCAUCUGCAGGAAGGGACGGUAUAAUAAGUCUCGGUUUGGAUAUAAUGAUCAGUCCUGGAGUUUGUCCUGCUCUUUCUCCUGUUACUCAUUCAGACACAAUGAGAUAUGGACUGAUCUCCCUGGAAAGCUCAUCAACUGUAGACUAGGAGUGUAUGUGGAUUACAGUGCAGGAACUCUGUCCUUCUACAGCGUCGACAGAGACACAAUGAGCCUCAUACACACAGUCCAGACCACAUUCACUCAACCGCUCUAUCCUGGGUUUAGGGUUUAUUGUAGAUCAUCAGUGAAACUUGUUGAUGUAUCAGAAUAGACUGUACA